CUCCUCCUGCCUUCAGUGACCAUGCCAACCGUGGAUGACAUUCUCGAGCACAUAGGGGAGUUUAACUCUUUCCAGAAACAAACGUUCUUCCUCCUAGCUCUGCUCUCCGCAUCGUUCACCCCCAUCUACGUGGGCAUCGUCUUCCUGGGCUUCACCCCCGAGCACCGCUGCCUGAGGCCCGGCGUGGCCGAGCUGAGCCUGCGAUGCGGCUGGAGCCCGGCCCAGGAGCUGAACCUCACGGUGCCCGGCCCGGGGCCCGCGGGCGAGGCCUUCCCCCGCCAGUGCCGCCGCUACGAGGUGGACUGGAACCAGAGCGCCCUGGGCUGCGCGGACCCGCUGGCCGGCCUGGCCCCCGACAGGAGCCACCUGCCGCUGGGCCCCUGUCGGCACGGCUGGGAAUACGACACGGCCGGCUCCUCCAUCGUCACCGAGUUUAACCUAGUGUGUGCCAACUCCUGGAUGCUGGACCUGUUUCAGUCGGCCGUGAACAUGGGAUUUUUUAUCGGUUCUGUGGGCAUCGGCUACUUAGCAGACAGGUUAGGCCGUAAGCUCUGCCUCCUGGUCACCAUCCUCAUCAAUGCCGUCUCUGGAGUCCUCAUGGCGGUUUCCCCAACCUACACAUGGAUGUUAAUCUUCCGCUUAAUCCAAGGGCUGGUCAGCAAGGCGAGCUGGUUGAUAGGCUACAUCCUGAUUACAGAGUUUGUCGGGCUGAGCUACCGCAGGACAGUGGGGAUUGUUUACCAGAUGGCCUUUACCGUGGGGCUCCUGGUGCUGGCCGGGGUGGCGUACGCACUGCCUCACUGGAGGUGGCUGCAGUUCACAGUUACUCUGCCCAACUUCUGCUUCCUGCUCUAUUACUGGUGCAUACCUGAGUCCCCAAGGUGGCUAAUCUCCCAGAACAAAAACGCUGACGCCAUGAGGGUCCUGAAGCACAUCUCGAGGAAGAACGGAAAGCCCAUGCCUCCGGCCCUGCAGAGCCUCAGGCCUGAUGACGAAGCCGGCGGGAAGCUGAGUCCUUCGUUCCUGGACUUGGUCAGAACCCCUCAGAUAAGGAAACACACCCUGAUCUUGAUGUACAACUGGUUCAUGAGCUCUGUUCUCUACCAGGGCCUCAUCAUGCACAUGGGCCUCGCAGGGAGCGACCUCUACCUGGACUUCUUCUAUUCGGCCCUGAUGGAGUUCCCCGCGGCCCUCGCCAUCCUCCUCACCAUCGACCGCAUCGGCCGUCGUUACCCAUGGGCUGGGUCAAACAUGGUGGCGGGGGCAGCCUGCCUGGCCUCAGCUUUCAUCCCUGACGACCUGCAAUGGCUAAGAGUCACCGCCUCAUGCUUGGGCCGCAUGGGGAUCACCAUGGCCUUCGAAAUAGUUUGCCUGGUGAACGCGGAGCUGUACCCCACAUUCAUCAGGAACCUCGGGGUGCUCGUCUGCUCCUCCCUGUGUGACAUCGGCGGCAUCAUCACGCCGUUCCUCAUAUACCGGCUCGCUGACAUCUGGCACGAGCUCCCACUGGUGAUUUUUGCUGUGCUUGGCUUGAUUGCUGGAGGACUGGUAUUGUUGCUCCCAGAGACCAAAGGGAAGACUUUGCCUGAGACGAUUGACGAGGUUGAGAAGAUGCAGAGGUAG